UCUUGCAAUCUUUACACAUCUCUUCUGGCAGGAAAUUGUAGAAAGCAGAUCCCAUUUAUAGGAAAGAUGAAUAUCGCUGAUACCCUUUCAAUAGUCCCACUGCGACAACUUACUUAUGCGGCAAGAAUGAAGUGUGGGAUGUGGGAAUGAAGUCUUCACAGUGUGUGGUCCCGUUCACUCACCACCGAAAUGAGAAAUGACACCUCUUCAGGCUUCACAGUCUGGAGCCUUCUAACUCAAUUUGCUUUGGUAGGUGGAACCCAAGUCCUACAAACCUUAGACUCUUUUUUCCAGAGAGAACCACUAACCACUAACCCUGUGCACCAGGGUUUCUCAAAGUGCGGGCCACAGACCACCUGCUACCGAAUCACACACAAUGUUGGGUGAAAACGCGGAUGGCCUGGGCCCCACCCUAAAAUCUCAAAGUCCGAAUACCCAGGGGUGUGGCUCCGAAGGCUGCGCUUUCCACUAGUGCGCCAGGUGGCUCCGUCUUUGGCGCGCAAGUUUGAGAGCCGUGGGGCCCCGCCCUCCACCGAGGUGGGCGGGGCGUAGCGGAGCCCCACGCUCAGACCGCCUACGCAGGCUGGGGCAGGAGGCACGCAACCCUGAGGUACCGAGUCGCCAAGUCUCGUGUGCGCCCCGCAACGCGGGAACUAGGCGAACCUUCCACGCUCCUCCCCUCUCUCCUCCCGCAGCGUCCUAAGCGCAUGCGCUUCGCGGCUUCUCUCGCCUCCGCGCCCCCAGCUGUCCUGGUUACAGUUGGUGUUUGCGAAUUCUCAGCGGCGCCUUCUUCGCCAAACUCCAGCGGCGGUUCCAUACGCGCGCGCCCGCGUCACGUGGGCCGAGAUUCCCUUGCGGCUGCUGGCCGGCGGGUGAGCCCGGAGAAAGGAGCCGCGGCCACUGCUCGCCCUACCUCUGCGCCCGGGGGCGGGCGCGCCGGUAAAAAUGGCGAAAUGCGGGUAGUCGGCGCUGGACCUAAAGCGAUGGGGCACGCAGGUGGGGCGGUUGUCGGAGCCCCCUGACGUGGGCGCCGGGCUUCUCUCGGUGAUUUGAUCUGGCGACCUCGGGCCGGCGCCUGAGGUCAGACUACGGAGCCCGCGGGUCGCCAACGGCCUCGCCGAGAGCUGGAGGCAAUGGAUGAACAGAGCGUGGAGCGCUGCGGGUGUCUUGUGCUCACUGUUCCGCAGUCAGGUGGUGCGUAUCCUGGAGUUUUCAAGGAUGUCUUGGCACAGAGCAUUGCUGAGGUUUUCCGAUGUUUCAUUUGUAUGGAGAAAUUGCGGGAUGCACGCCUGUGUCCUCAUUGCUCCAAGCUGUGUUGUUUCAGCUGUAUUAGGCGCUGGCUGACAGAGCAGAGAGCUCAAUGUCCUCAUUGCCGUGCUCCACUCCAGCUACGAGAACUAGUAAAUUGUCGUUGGGCAGAAGAAGUAACACAACAGCUUGAUACUCUUCAACUCUGCAGUCUCACCAAACAUGAAGAAAAUGAAAAGGACAAAUGUGAAAAUCACCAUGAAAAACUUAGUGUAUUUUGCUGGACUUGUAAGAAGUGUAUCUGCCAUCAGUGUGCACUUUGGGGAGGAAUGCAUGGCGGACAUACCUUUAAACCUUUGGCAGAAAUUUAUGAGCAACAUGUCACUAAAGUGAAUGAAGAGGUAGCCAAACUUCGUCGGCGUCUCAUGGAACUGAUCAGCUUAGUUCAAGAAGUGGAAAGGAACGUAGAAGCUGUAAGAAAUGCAAAAGAUGAGCGUGUUCGGGAAAUUAGGAAUGCAGUGGAGAUGAUGAUUGCACGGUUAGACACACAGCUGAAGAAUAAACUUAUAACACUGAUGGGUCAGAAGACAUCUCUAACCCAAGAAACAGAACUUUUGGAAUCCUUACUUCAGGAGGUGGAGCACCAGUUGCGGUCUUGUAGUAAGAGUGAGUUGAUAUCUAAGAGCUCAGAGAUCCUUAUGAUGUUUCAGCAAGUUCAUCGGAAGCCCAUGGCAUCUUUUGUUACCACUCCUGUUCCACCAGACUUUACCAGUGAAUUAGUGCCAUCUUAUGAUUCAGCUACUUUUGUUUUAGAGAAUUUCAGCACUUUGCGUCAGAGAGCAGAUCCUGUUUACAGUCCACCUCUUCAAGUUUCAGGACUUUGCUGGAGGUUAAAAGUUUACCCAGAUGGAAAUGGAGUUGUGCGAGGUUACUACUUAUCUGUGUUUCUGGAACUCUCAGCUGGCUUGCCUGAAACUUCUAAAUAUGAAUAUCGUGUAGAGAUGGUUCACCAGUCCUGUAAUGAUCCUACAAAAAAUAUCAUUCGAGAAUUUGCAUCUGACUUUGAAGUUGGAGAAUGCUGGGGCUAUAAUAGAUUUUUCCGUUUGGACUUACUUGCAAAUGAAGGAUACUUGAAUCCACAAAAUGAUACAGUGAUUUUAAGGUUUCAGGUACGUUCACCAACUUUCUUUCAAAAAUCCCGGGACCAGCAUUGGUACAUUACUCAGUUGGAAGCUGCACAGACUGGUUAUAUCCAACAAAUAAACAACCUUAAAGAGAGACUUACUAUUGAGCUAUCUCGAACUCAGAAGUCAAGAGAUUUGUCACCACCAGAUAACCAUCUUAGUCCCCAAAAUGAUGAUGUUCCGGAGACACGAGCUAAGAAGUCUGCGUGCUCUGACAUGCUUCUUGAGGGUGGUCCUACUACAGCUUCUAUAAGAGAGGCCAAAGAGGAUGAAGAAGAUGAGGAGAAGAUUCAGAAUGAAGAUUAUCAUCACGAGCUUUCAGAUGGUGAUCUGGAUCUGGAUCUUGUUUAUGAGGAUGAAGUAAAUCAGCUAGACGGCAGCAGUUCCUCUGCUAGUUCCACAGCAACAAGUAAUACAGAAGAAAAUGAUAUUGAUGAAGAAACUAUGUCUGGAGAAAAUGAUGUGGAAUAUAACAACAUGGAAUUAGAAGAGGGAGAACUCAUGGAAGAUGCAGCUGCAGGACCUGCAGGUAGUAGCCAUGGCUAUGUGGGUUCCAGUAGUAGAAUAUCAAGAAGAACACAUUUAUGCUCUGCUGCUACCAGUAGUUUACUAGACAUUGAUCCAUUAAUUUUAAUACAUUUGUUGGACCUUAAGGACCGGAGCAGUGUAGAAAAUUUGUGGGGCUUACAACCUCGCCCACCUGCUUCACCUCUGCAGCCCACAGCAUCAUAUUCUCGAAAAGAUAAAGACCAAAGGAAGCAGCAGGCAAUGUGGCGAGUGCCCUCUGAUUUAAAGAUGCUAAAAAGACUCAAAACUCAAAUGGCUGAAGUUCGAUGUAUGAAAACUGAUAUAAAGAAUACACUUUCAGAAAUAAAAAGCAGCAUUGCCACUUCUGGAGACAUGCAGACAAGCCUUUUUUCUGCUGACCAGGCAGCUCUGUCUGCAUGUGGAACUGGAAACUCUGGCAGAUUACAGGAUUUGGGAAUGGAACUCCUGGCAGAGUCAUCCGUUGCCAAUUGUUACAUACGAAACUCCACAAAUAAGAAGAGUAAUUCACCCAAGCCAGCUCGAUCCAGUGUAGCAGGUAGUCUAUCACUUCGAAGAGCAGUGGAUCCUGGAGAGAGUAGUCGUUCAAAGGGAGACUGUCAGACUCUGUCUGAAGGCUCCCCAGGAAGCUCUCAGUCUGGGAGCAGGCACAGUUCUCCCCGAGCCUUGAUACGUGGCAGUAUCGGUGAUAUUCUGCCAAAAACUGAAGACUGGCAGUAUAAAGCUUUGGAUUCAGAUACUUUUGUGGUUGCAGUUUUCAGUGGCUUGCCUGCUGUUGAGAAAAGGAGAAAAAUGGUCACCUUGGGGGCUAAUGCUAAAGGAGGUCAUCUGGAAGGACUGCAGAUGACUGAUUUGGAAAAUAAUUCUGAAACUGGAGAGUUACAGCCUAUACUACCUGAAGGAGCUUCAGCUGCCCCUGAAGAAGGAAUGAGUAGCGACAGUGACAUUGAAUGUGACACUGAGAAUGAGGAGCAGGAAGAGCACACCAGCGUGGGCGGGUUUCGCGACUCUUUCAUGGCCAUGACACAGCCCCCGGAUGAAGAUACACAUUCCAGUUUUCCUGAUGGUGAACAAAUAGGCCCUGAAGAUCUCAGCUUCAAUCCAGAUGAAAACAGUGGAAGAAUCCGGUCUAGGAUCCCACGUUGUAUUUUGUUGCCAUGUUUCCUUGGGAUCCUUCAGUAUAUGACAGCUCCUCCACCUUUCCUUGCUUCCAUGACCUUGAUAUUUUUGAAGAGGAUGUGUUAUUUUCUUAAAUGUUCUCCUUCUUUGGAUAAUUUGAUUUGAAACUGACACUGCACCUGAUGGGUUAACAAGAUCUAGGCUUCAGAAAGUGACAGCUAUGAGUGAGGACCAUGUGUGGGGCAAAGCCUCAGAAUGAUGAAGGUUCCAGUGCUAUAGUUGGGGCCAUGUUGACUCCUUUUCAACCAUUUGUCACAAACUUGAGGAGAAGAAAUGACUUCAAAAUCAAGAGAAAACAAAUACUGAAAGUCUCUACUUACAUCCAAAUUUUUAAAAAUAAAAUCUGUAGAUUAACAAUAUGA